AUGAGCUUAUCAUGAGCUCUAACCCCCACCACCAUGAGCUCCUUAAUUGAACCUAAGAAGCUUCUUCACAUAGCCUUAUUUCCAUGGCUGGCAUUAGGUCAUAUACCAUUUCUUGAGGUUGCCAAGCACAUAGCUCGGAGGGGUCACAAAGUUUCCUUCAUAUCCACCCCAAGAAACAUCCAACGCCUCCCCAAAAUCCCACCAGACUUAAUUCCUUGGAUCAACUUAGUCCAAAUCCCGCUACGGUGCGUCGAAAGCCUCCCGGAGAAUGCAGAGGCCACCACGGACGUGCCAUACCUAAAAUUAGCUCAUGACGGACUUGACCAAGGUAUUUUUAUUUCCUCCAAACUCACUGUGAUUCCACUAGGGUUAUUGCCACCAAUGGAUUUUGAUCAAUCCAGUGAAGAGAAAGAAGAUAGCAACUGGCCCUUAAUUUGUGAGUGGUUGGACAACCAAGAGAAACAGAAUGUAGUUUACACUGCACUCGGAAGGGAGUUUAAUUUAAGUCAACAAGACUUCACUGAGUCGGCUCUUGGACUAGAGCUAUCCGGGUUGCCCCUUUUUUUUGGGGUCCUUGGGAGGCCCGGUUGGUCAAAAGUUGCUGAUUCCGUCAAGCUGCCGGAGGAGUUCGAGGACCGGGUCAAGGGUCGUGGGAUUGUUUGGACAACUUGGGCAGCUCAACACAAAAUCUUGGCUCACAAGGCAACCGGGGGAUUCCUGACACACUGCGGUUGGAGUUCGCUCAUAGAAGGACUACACUAUGGUCGACCUCUUAUCAUGUUGCCCUUCUUAUAUGACCAAGGGUUAAACGCCAGGUUUUGGGACAAGAAGAUUGGAAUUGAGGUGCCAAGAAACGAAGACGAUGGAUCGUUUACGAAGAACUGGGUGGCUAAGUCACUGAAUUUGGUUGUGGUGGAUGAGGAAGGGAAGGCUUACAGGGAUGGAGCCAAAGAAUACAGUGCAUUAUUUGGAGAUAAGGACCUCCAUGAUAGAUACAUGGACAAAUGCGUGGAGCAUUUGGAAAAGCAUACAUGAGGUUUGUACGUUUUUGCCCCGGAAAGAGGCCACCUUGUUGUGUGAUUUGUAUGCACUUUUAUAUUUUCUGAAAUGAAUUUUAGUAUUAUCAACUUAAUUUUAGUAUUUGUUUUGGUCUGA